CGCCAUUGUUUUGCUCAUUACACCUUUUGUUUGGUUACGUUCUCGUUGCCGUCGUCGUCGUGGUUUGCUUAAGUUCCGUAAUAUUACUUUUACAGCCUUAUGAACUAUGCAAUAACUGAAGAUAUUGGUCAAAUACAAUUCAUUGCUAGACAGUCAAACCACAAUCUGUCGAUCUAACAAUUGCUUUUCAAUCCGGGUAAACCUGACGUUUCCAUUUAUAUGAAGCUGAACUUCUUUUAGACUAAUUAUUACUCUUGUCAGUUAGUAUAUAUUACUGGUAUCACGCUAUUUGUCAAGCCAAGUAUCACGUCACGUUCCCUGCAUAAUGUCGAGCCUGGUGAACAAUUCUUUUAAAUUUACUCUCUUGCAGGUUUUAAUGUCGUAGCUGUUGUCGUCCCCAUAGUAUCCAUUUUCAUUUUAACUGUCCUACUUGUAACUGGAUUUUUCUGCUGGAGAAGGAGGACGAUGAAAAUUGAAACAAAUACUGUACUUUUUUCAGCAAGGUCAAGCGAUCAGCGCCCAGUCUCAGUUGAAAAUCCUUACUACGGCCGUGAUGUCAUAAUUGCAAACACAAACGAGCUGUACACUGAGCCUGUUAUUGGACACGCAAGAAAGAAUGAAGCGCAACAUUACAAGGAUCUAGUCAAAAAAGAUCAAGAUUCACUCUACGAUACUGCGGCCGAUGGUGUUGCGUUGAACCCCGUCUAUGACAGUGAUUUGGUUAUCGCAAACACAAACGGGUCAUGUUUCUCCCAAGACGAUUUGUACACUGAGCCGGUCACAGACGACCAAAAAAGGAAUCUUCGGGCACAUUACAUGGGGCUAGUCAAAGGGAAUCAAGAUUCAUUGCACCAGAGUGCGGCGGCUAGGUCUUCGAUAAACCCCGUUUAUGAAAGCUCCGACUACAGGAAUGCAGAGGCGGAACCGCCUUUAUAUAUGGAAUUAGAGAAAGAAACUCCCUUAGGGGAAGACGCUGCUGCCGAUGCUGUGUUAAACCCCAUAUAUAACAGCUCCACGUGAAGGAAGAACGAUGAAGGUUCCUUGAGAGAGGGAAGGCUAUUUUCAGACAGCAUUGCACUCCGUUAGACCCGCAUUUAUAGUUAGAGUUUACUAUAUCAGUGUGAAGUUAAACAGUUUUAUUAUGUUAGUAGAAAAUUCAACUCACCAGGUUUUAGAGAUAUUUUCUAAUUAAUUUAUAAUGCUAGACAUCAUAGGCAGGAUAUUAUUGCAUAAAGGAAGGAUGAUUUUUCCGUCUUUUUUGACAAACUUGUUUCACUUUUAUCAACAUAUAGUUAUUGUCGAAAGGAUGGGUCAUUCCGUAUAGAGUGAGGAGUACAAAGUACAAUGAACGUCCGCCCUAUCCCAUGAGUAUCUAAAUUUGUAGAUAAAUCCAAAAAUAUUUUAAAAUAUUAGCUCAUCCAUACUGUGUAAGCAACUACAGUCAAGAGCGUAGGACAAAGAAGAAUAAUAACACUACGAAAGCACGUAUUUUUGAUAA